AUGAAGCUGAAAGUCCCUCAGCUCACGAUCGCCACUGCAGUUGUGUUUUGUCAUCGAUUCUUCCACGUUGAGACCGCAUACGAAUUCGAUACCAUGGUGAUGGCCACUGCCUGCCUAUUUCUCGCUGGAAAAGUGGAGGAGACCCCGAAGCCCCUGAACGAUUUGGCCCACACAUCUUAUUAUUUACAGCAAAAGCGCAAUGAUCCUACACAUGUCGAAGGUUCAGAGCAGGAAGGACACGUUGAAUUGCGGGAAACUAUACUAAGAGCCGAACGGAUUCUUCUGCACCGGCUCGCGUUUGAUUUCAACGUACAACACCCAUAUAAGCAUCUACUUUCGGUCAUCAAAAGGCUGAGUCAAACAGGUCUGAUAGAAGAGGACUCCACCAAAUCCCUUGCCCAAGUCUCUUGGAACUUUGCAAACGACAGUCUACGAACGUCCUUAUGUCUCGAAUACGACGCGAAACACAUAGCCGAGGCAGUCGUAUACUUGGCAACUAAAUUUCUCAGCUCAAAGUUCGAGCUACCCAAAAAGUGGUGGGAAAGCGUCGACAUAGAUCCAAACACUUCCGAGCUGAUCGGAAACCGAAUACUGGAUCUAUACGAGCAAUCAGGCCGUGAGGGAGUUAUUCAUGUGCAAAGCUCCGUCUAA